CAGACCGGAAGUGGCAGGAGGGGGCGGAGCCGGGGAUGACAUGGCGACGCUGGUGCUGGACAACGGCGCCUACAAUGCCAAGAUCGGUUACAGCCACGACCGCGUGAGUGUGAUUCCCAACUGUCAGUUCCGGUCGAAGACGGCCCGCCUGAAGACCUUCACCGCCAAUCAGUUGGAUGAAAUUAAAGAUCCCUCUGGGCUUUUUUACAUCCUCCCUUUUCAGAAGGGUUACUUGGUGAACUGGGAUGUUCAGAGACAGGUUUGGGAUUACCUUUUUGGAAAGGAAAUGUAUCAGGUGGACUUUGUAGAUACCAAUAUUAUUAUUACUGAACCUUAUUUUAACUUUGGUUCAAUUCAAGAAUCUAUGAAUGAAAUCUUAUUUGAAGAAUAUCAGUUCCAAGCGGUUCUUAGGGUAAACGCUGGGGCUCUAAGUGCACAUAGGUAUUUCCGGGAUAAUCCGUCUGAGCUGUGUUGUAUCAUUGUGGACAGUGGCUACUCCUUUACACACAUUGUACCCUACUGCCGAAGUAAAAAGAAGAAAGAGGCAAUUAUUAGGAUUAAUGUUGGAGGAAAGCUCUUAACCAAUCACCUAAAGGAGAUCAUCUCUUACAGGCAGCUCCAUGUUAUGGAUGAAACGCAUGUAAUUAAUCAAGUGAAAGAAGAUGUAUGCUAUGUGUCUCAGGAUUUUUACAAGGACAUGGAAAUUGCCAAAUUGAAAGGAGAGGAAAAUACAGUAAUGAUAGACUAUAUUUUACCAGACUUCAGCACAAUUAAAAAAGGGUUUUGUAAGCCAAGAGAAGAAAUGAUUUUAAGUGGAAAAUAUAAGACUGGAGAACAAAUACUUCGUUUAACAAAUGAAAGAUUUGCUGUACCAGAAAUACUCUUUCAUCCAUCAGAUAUUGGCAUUCAAGAAAUGGGAAUUCCUGAAGCCAUUGUUUAUUCAAUUCAGAAUUUACCUGAAGAAAUGCAGCCUCACUUCUUCAAGAACAUUGUUUUGACUGGGGGAAACCCUCUUAUCCCAGGCUUCAGGGAUCGAGUAUACUCUGAAGUUCGAUGCCUGACUCCAACUGAUUAUGAAGUUUCUGUUGUUCUACCAGAAAACCCUAUUACUUACUCUUGGGAAGGUGGAAAGUUGAUUUCUGAAAAUGACGAUUUUGAAGACAUGGUAGUAACUCGAGAGGACUAUGAAGAACACGGACACAGUAUUUGUGAAGAGAAAUUUGAUAUUUAAGUAGCUGAUAGAUACUCUGCUGUUUCACAUUAAGUGGAACUUAAUUAAACAAUAAAGUAAUUUUCUGUAGGUUAGGACAGUGUUUUAACUUUCCUCCCUAUAAGACUAUACAAUUAGUAGUAAAAAACUUGAAUGAAUUUGAAAAGUUCCACUGUACCAGAGGAAUGCUACAUUGUAGUUAUUAAAAGUAUGAAUCAUCAAAAAUAGUUUGAAGAUUAAAGCACAGUAUUAAAAAUGAGCUUUCAGUCUAAACUUUUUCAACUGAGUGCUACUGAUUCCAAAACUUUUGUAUAUAUAGAAGACUAUUCAUCUUGACUUCUAAGAUGGGGCCUAUUUUCAUAUUUUCUGGAAAAAAAUUAAAUUUUACAUUUAAAAA